UUGUAUCCUUCAUCUCAACAUUCAACAAGAACUCUCUCACUCUUCUCAUACAUUUCUCUAACUGCCUUUCAUCACUAUGGCUCUUUCUGGCUAUUCCAUUGCAACUAAACAAUCUCUAUUACCAUUCUUCCAACCUUCAAGACCAAACAUCUCCUGCAAACAACCGUUCUUUGUGAGAGCAUCAUCAGCAGAUGGGGAGAAAAAGAUGGCGAUUAAGCGAGAAAAAGAUGGCGAGAGGAUUGGUUUCUCAGGUGAAAAACCUGAUACUCCUUUGCUGGACACAAUUAAUUAUCCACUUCACAUGAAGAAUCUAUCUACACAGGAUCUUGAACAACUGGGGACAGAGCUUAGAGAAGAUAUUGUGUACAGUGUAUCUAAGACAGGUGGGCAUCUUGGUUCAAGCUUGGGAGUGGUUGAACUAUCAGUUGCAUUGCAUCAUGUCUUCAACACACCUGAAGAUAAAAUUGUAUGGGAUGUUGGACACCAGGCCUAUCCCCAUAAAAUUCUGACAGGAAGAAGGUCCAAGAUGCAUACCCUGAGGAAAACUUCAGGGCUUGCAGGAUUUCCUAAAAGGGAUGAGAGCAUUCAUGACGCUUUUGGUGCAGGACACAGUUCCACAAGCAUCUCUGCCGGUCUUGGUAUGGCAGUUGCAAGGGACCUUCUGGGAAAGAAAAAUAACGUUAUUUCGGUGAUCGGAGAUGGAGCCAUGACUGCAGGACAAGCAUAUGAGGCCAUGAACAAUGCAGGAUUCCUUGAUACUAAUCUGAUUGUUGUGCUGAACGACAACAAACAAGUAUCUCUACCCACUGCUACUCUUGAUGGCCCCACAACACCGGUUGGAGCCCUCAGCAAUGCUUUAACCAAGCUCCAAGCCAGCACCCAGUUUCGUAAACUUCGUGAAGCAGCAAAAAGCAUCACGAAGCAAAUUGGCGGGCCAACACAUGAAGUUGCAGCAAAGGUAGACGAGUAUGCAAGAGGAAUGAUCAGUGCCACUGGGUCAACUCUAUUCGAGGAACUAGGGUUAUACUAUAUUGGUCCAGUAGAUGGGCACAACGUUGAAGAUUUAGUAACUAUUUUUCAAAAGGUGAAAGCAAUGCCUGCACCGGGACCAGUUCUGAUCCAUGUUGUGACAGAGAAAGGGAAAGGCUAUACCCCAGCUGAGUCAGCGGCUGAUAAAAUGCAUGGAGUUGCCAAGUUUGAUACAAAAACAGGCCAGCAAUUAAAGUCCAAAUCCUCUACACUUUCAUAUACACAGUAUUUUGUUGAAUCUCUAAUAAAAGAAGCCGAGACAGACAAUAAGAUUGUGGCCAUCCAUGCAGCAAUGGGUGGUGGCACUGGCCUCAAUUAUUUCCAGAAGAAGUUCCCAGAUCGCUGUUUUGACGUGGGGAUAGCUGAGCAACAUGCUGUUACUUUUGCAGCUGGUUUAGCCACAGAGGGCCUCAAACCAUUUUGUACAAUCUACUCAUCAUUUCUGCAACGAGGAUAUGAUCAGGUGGUACAUGAUGUAGAUCUUCAAAAGUUACCGGUUCGCUUUGCAAUGGAUCGAGCUGGUUUGGUUGGUGCCGAUGGACCCACACACUGUGGAGCAUUUGAUGUCGUGUACAUGUCUUGUUUGCCCAAUAUGGUGGUCAUGGCUCCAUCUGAUGAAGCUGAACUUAUGCACAUGGUUGCCACAGCAGCAGCCAUAGACGACAGGCCCAGUUGCUUCAGAUUCCCAAGGGGCAAUGGAAUUGGAGCUGUUCUCCCACCUAAUAACAAAGGAACCCCACUGGAGAUUGGUAAGGGAAGAAUACUAAUGGAAGGAGAUAGAGUUGCUAUUCUAGGUUAUGGUUCUAUAGUUCAACAAUGUGUGGAAGCUGCAAGCUUGCUCAGGAACAGAGACAUAUCUGUCACAGUUGCUGAUGCAAGAUUUUGCAAACCUUUGGAUACAGAUCUCAUCAGGCAACUGGCCAAAGAUCAUGAAAUCCUAAUUACUGUGGAAGAGGGUGCUAUUGGAGGUUUUAGCUCUCAUGUAGCGCACUUCCUAAGCUUAAGUGGUAUUCUGGAUGGACCUCUCAAGUUGAGAGCAAUGGUACUUCCUGAUAGAUAUAUAGACCAUGGAUCACCCCAGGACCAAAUUGAAGCAGCAGGGCUCUCCUCAAGACAUAUAUCUGCAACAGUUUUAUCCCUCUUGGGAAGGCAAAAAGAAGCACUUCUGCUUAAGUAAGCACACAAAAUAGAUCAGCAUCUUGCCUUCUGUGUCCAUCUCAGAAAUUCAUACUGGGGUAUAUAUACACCAAGUUCAAGACCGCAAUUUUUAGACUGAUAUCCCCAUACCUACAAAGCUUUGUCAGUAUAUCGGAUUACUAAUGUAAUUGUCAAGGCCUCAAUUGUGUCUGUACAUUAAG